AUGCACCUCACCGUCCCCUCUUCAUUCAACAACAGAUGGCCAGUUCAAAGUCGAUUAAUGUUCAAAACCCCCAUCUGUAUGUUCCAUCUGUUGCAGAUGUGUGGGGUAGGAUUGAAGUUAGUCGCCGACAGAGUUCUCGUUAAGGCGAGGGGAAUAGUCGAUAAAAGAGGUAUUGAGAGCAAAAGAGGAAGAAAAACUAGACAAGUGAUCAUACAGAUCCCUUAUCAAAGCCGAUCUGAACGGGUUUCCCCCUUCCUUUCUCCUACUGUAACGCUUCUUGGGUGGUACAGGAGAACCUCUCGUGAGACAAAGAAGGUGGGGGGCACUGCAGACGGAAGUCCGGAAAAUGCAGACCCCGACAACAGAGUGAGAGGAGCAAAUGCCAAGACUGGUUAUCUGGAUGUAUUUCCCAUUGUCCGACAGGUUUCGGCCGAAGUUGCGUUGACACAAGUUCUAAUUCAACCUGUAGGCAUUCGUAGGUACACCUCCCACCGCCGUACACACCUGACGCGGCUAGAUUGUUUAUUUGCAACUGUAACUAUGUAG